AUGGUUUCAUACUACUCUCAAUUGGCAAGCAAACGUGCCCUUGGAUUCGGUCCAUUGACUUUGAAGAAUUUGCUAAAUUACAGUCCUAACUUAGCCGUAUGGGGUGGUGCUUCAGCUGCUGCUAUUUUGGUUUUUACUGAGAGCUGGCCAACAUUCCAAGACCUACUUUUCAAAAGAAUUCCAUACUUCGGUUCUCACUGGGUCAAAGAGAUUCCUCCAGAAGAUUCUCCACAAUAA